AUGGAAAGGUCGGCCUCUUUGCUAUGCGGAUUCACAUUCGAUCCCUUGUCCACCUUUCGUCAGAGACGCUAUCUACCCGACAUCCCUAAAUAUGACGCGCGCCACUCUUUGUCGGCGGCAUCUUCAAUUGCCAUCGAUCAUCCGAAUAAGGCCAAUCUAGGUCCGACGACUCAGCUCACGAGACCAAAACGGGCUUCUAUGGUGGCGACUGCUGCUGAGCCUACGAACAAGAUAUGUGACCGCCCAUUGCUGAUCGAGCGAGCGAACCUCAAGACCCACUGCACGGGAUGGACGUACCGGGAUCUAGAUCAGGACGGCAAGCCGGCUGAUGGUUUCGUGUACGUCAAGCACUACUCAGGAUGCCACUGUCCCAAGUCCGCGCCUCUGGAUGUCAUACUCAACUACGCCAAGAUGUUGGUCGAUGGCAAUGAGAUCAAAGAAACGGAUAUAGGAAGGCUAAUCCUCCUCAUCAAAAUUGGACUCUCCGAGCGCCUGAAUGCCGUCAAAAUUGAGCAAUCCGAGUUGCCUAUACCCCCAGGCAUCCCACCUGAGCUGUACGACGAUGUUACGUAUCAUGAGUGCGGCGAGUGGUGUCUCGUCGAGUCACAGGCCGUCGAGGAUCCAUGGCAAGCCAUACUCCUCCCCGUCAAGGCGAAAGAACCCCCCGGCGACGUGGUCUUCGUGUGGGGGGCGCAGGCCAAGGCAGGCAAGCGAACACAGAAGUGCCCGCACUAUUUCGAAGGCUACUCGGUUGGCCCCUUCGAAGUCCUGACGGUCUUCCAAGACUCGUGCUCCAUCGACCUGCCUGUGGGCCUCAGGAUCUUCCCCGUUGUGCACAAGUUCUUCCUGAAGAGGUACAUCCAGGGGCCAGGCGCCCCUCGACCCAGGGAGCCGCAGCAGAUGUCCCUCAGGGGGUCGGAGAAGAAGAUUGUCAGGGAUGCCAGCGUGCGGCACAUGCUCCAGACCCAGCGCAAGCGGAUUUCGGGUAUUGAGGUGAAGAAGGAUAUCUACUACCUGGUGCGGGUAAAGUCGAGUAAGCCGCUGUGGGUGCACUCGUGCUGGUUGGAAGACUCGCUUGAUGAGCUUGAUAGGUUCUACGCGUGGAACCGGAGCGAGGCAAUGCCUACUUUCUACGCAGAGUAUUUGGAGUCCGAGAAGAAAAAUAAGAAGGGGCGGCGGCUGCUCCCGUGGAGCCGGAAGCAGGGGGAGUAG